ACUAUAAAAUAUUAAAUGUUAUCUUUGGUAAAUGGAUGGUUUUAGAAGUUAAAAUAAAAUUGUUACAAGACAAAGCUGCCUAUAAUUAGAGAACAAUGUAAGAAAGAAAUGUCCUAGUGACAAUUGGUUCUUAAUUUGCUUAAUUGAAAUAGUGUUUGAAGUAAACAUUUAAGUGGUAUUACUCUAUUUAAGAGUUUCACUGUUAUUGACUGUUAUUUUAUUAUGUUUUGUAUUGUUGUUUAAAGUGUUACAUUUUUAAGAGCGAAAAUGUCAGUUCAGGGUGAUUUAGCAGAGCAAAAUGAAUCUCCAUUACAAGAGCAAACAGUCUUUAUUGGUGAUAUACCAGGGAAUCAAGUUAAUAAAUGUGUGUUGUAAGAAAUCGACAUGAAUCAUGUACCACAUGUACUGAAAAAUCUGAGGCAAGACUUAAAGAGCUUAAUUCUACUUUAUUAAAGACCAAUGAAAUUAGGAAAUCUUCCCGUGAUAAACAUUUAACACCAAAGAUGCAGGAGUUAAAAGCACAAGAACUGGUCCAAAGGGAAAGCAAGUUCAUAUCUGCAUAUAAUAGUUGGAAGAUCCAUGUCAGAGAGGUUCGUUUAAAGUUAAAACAUGAGUGUUCUGAAAGUGAAUUGUGUGACAUGAUGGAUGGGGUUGAGAAGAAAGAAUCUGAAUUGAAAGGCCUAUAUGAUAGCAUGCGACUCCAAGCAGUACCAAGUCAAGAAAUUAGAAGAAAAAUAGAUGCAUGUUCAGCUGUGACUGCAGACUUGAUUAAAAUAAUGAAUGUACGUUUAGUGGAGGAUGGCAUGGAGUUCGAUGCUGAAGCUGAGAAGGCAAGAUUGCGUGUGUUGUUGGACUGUGAGUAUGCUAGGUCCAUAUACGGAUCCACAGUUUCUAGAGCCACAGUUUUUAGUAAUCACUCUAAACCCUCUUCAGAGUCUGCAAGCAUUUCCGCUAGAAGAGCAGAGACUGCCGCGUUGUUAGCUGCAAAGAAAGCAGAAAUGGAAAUGGAGGCUGACAUUGAUGCACAAAGGCAGCGAUUGAAGAGACAUUGAGGUUAUGGAAGCAAGGCUUCGAGUGUAUACUGAGGAGGAGUUAAGAGUAAGAAGUCAGCAGUGUGGUUCAGCAUGUAGUGAUGUGAGCAACCCCAGUCCCCUGGUUCCUAAUACAUCAAGUUUGAGUCCGCAAGUCACAAAAGGUGAGGUAUCCGUAGUACAGGCAUUGCAAGAGUCAAUUGCCCUAUCUCGACGUCCCGUUCCAGAACCUUUUGUAUUUUUUGGUGACCCACUUAAGUUUAUAGAGUGGAGCACAACCUUUAAGGCUCUUAUAGAGAGACUGGGUCUGAAUUCAGCAGACAGGCUGUUCUAUUUGCAAAAGUAUAUUGAUGGUGAAGCAAGAUCAGUUUUGAAAGGUAGUUUUUAUAGGAAAGAUGAACAAGCCUAUCAGCAAGCCUGGGAGAAGUUAAAUGCUAGAUAUGGUCACUCCUUUGUGGCGCAACGUGCCUUUAGAGAGAAACUAAAUAGGUGGCCUAAGAUUGGUGCAUCAGAGUAGGUUAAGCUAAGAGAGUUCAGUGACUUCUUGCAAUCAUGUAGUGAUGCUAUGCCGCACAUCAAGGGUCUUCAGGUGUUGAAUGAUUGCGAAGAGAAUCAGAAGAUACUAGUCAAGCUUCCCAACUGGGUGACGAGUAGGUGGAACCGUUAUAUCACAAAACAGCUAGAUCAAGAUAAAGAUUAUCCAAGCUUUAGUGAGUUUGCUUCAUUUGUCUCAAAGGAAGCACGCAUAGCGUGCAAUCCGGUGUCAUCGUUGUAUGCAUUGAAGAUCUCUGAAGAAAAGCCCUUCAAGGAGAUCAAGCGUUUAAGAGUAAAUACGUUGGCAACCACAGUGAACGAUUUAGAUGCAGCAUGUGCUAUGGGUAAUACCAGCAAUAUUAUUGACUGCAAGACUAAAGAGUCUAGUAAUUUGAAGAGCACACUGGUGCAUGGCACAACUUUAGUUAAAUGUAUGUUCUGUGGAGAGAGUCAUUCAGUUCAUGACUGUCAAAAAUUAAUGGAAGAGCCUGUGGAGGAAAGGAGACUGUUUGAUAGGGGGAAUAAGUUGUGCUUUGCAUGCUUAAGAAGGGGACAUGGCUCCAAAGAUUGUAGAAAUCGGUCCAUAUGUGCUGUAUGUAAGAAGCGCCACCCAACUCUUUUGCAUGAAGAUCGUCAGCCAGUAAAUGAGUUACAUUCACAGAUGGUUUUGCAGGCUGAAGAGAGUACAUCCUCUCUAUCAUGCUGUGUGAAUGGAGGAGAAGGUGGUACAACAUCAAUGAUUGUUCCAGUAUGGCUGUCUUCUGGCUCGGAGUCUGAAAUCCUUGUUUAUGCCUUAUUAGACACUCAAAGUAGUCACACAUUUAUUGAUCAGGAAGUGUGUGAAAGUUUGCGGGCAUCAAUGGAACCAGUAAAACUAAAGCUUUCCACGAUGAUGGGAAAAGACUCCAUUGUAGAAAGUCAGAGAGUCUGUGGACUUCGAGUGAGAGGGUUUUCUUUAGACAGCUCUAUCUACCUGCCUCCCGUAUAUACAAGGGAUUUCAUUCCUUUUGAGCGCACCCAUAUUCCCACCUGUGAGACUGCUAAAAGGUGGAGACAUCUAGAAGUCAUUGCUGAUGAAAUGCCUGCACUAAUGGAUUGUGGAGUAGGUCUUUUGAUCGGCUAUGAUUGCUCCAGAGCAUUGGCACCUCGACAGGUCAUCAAUGGAGGUGAUGAAGAGCCUUAUGCCAUUAAGACCGACCUGGGCUGGAGCAUCAUAGGAGGUACUCCAAAUGGUGUGAACUCCAAAGAUGUGACUGGUAUAUGUCACCGCAUAUCAGUCAGGGAGCUUCCCCUUGUGACACCUGCUGCUGUUAGAGCCCUGGAGCUGGAUAGUCUGUUAGGAGAAAAGGGCAUAUCUCAGGACGAUGUUCAGUUUUUGCAGGUUCUAAAGGAAGGCAUUUAUCAUAAUGAAUGUGGCCAUCUUGAGAUGCCCCUUCCCUUUAAAACUAGUCCCCAACUUCCAAAUAAUAAGAAGCUUGCAUUAGUACGACUGAAGCAUCUUAAAAGGAAAUUGGACAAGGAUCCUCAAUUCAAAUGUGAUUACAGGAUGUUUAUGGAAGGUGUCUUAAGAGAUGGGGAUGCAGAAAUAGCUGAUGAGAAACUAGAUAUGGGAAAUUUGUGUUAUAUUCUACACCAAGGUGUUUAUCACCCAAAGAAACCAAAUAAGAUCAGGGUAGUCUUCGAUUGUACGGACACGUUUAAAGGUACCGUUUUGAAUGACUAUCUAUUGACUGGGCCCGAUCUUACCAAUGGGUUGACUGGAGUGCUUUGUUGCUUCCGCAAACAUCAAAUUGUUGUCAUGUGUGACAUUGAGAAAAUGUUUAAUAGACUUCAUGUCAUUAGGGAAGAUCAGGAUUACCUGCGUUUUCUGUGGUGGUUAAAUGGUGAUCUAAACACAGAGCCCAGAGAAUAUCGAAUGAAAGUACAUCUCUUUGGAGCAUCAUCCUCCCCAGGUUGCGCCAAUUAUGGCCUGAAGUAUCUCGCCAGCAUUGAGAGGGAGUAUCCUUUAGCUGCUAGUUUCAUCAUAAAUAAUUUCUAUAUAGAUGAUAGUCUCAUAAGUCUGGAAUCCGUUGAGCUGGCAAUUAGGCUGGUGGAAGAAGCUCAGGCUCGGUGUGCUAAAGGAAAACUACACCUUCACAAAUUUGUUUCCAACAAUAGAAAAGUGCUUGCGUCCAUCAGUGAGAGUGACCGUGCUGUUGAGGUGGAAAAUGUGGAUUUCCAUAAUGAUUAUCUUCCAGUUAAGAAUGUUCUGGGAGUAAGGUGGGACGUGGAGAAUGACGCCUUUACCUUUAAUUCUGUGCUUGAUGAGAAACCUGCCACACAACGUGGUAUUCUUUCCAUUGUGGCUUCCAUUUAUGAUACAUUGGGGUUCUUGGCUCCAUUCAUCAUAUCCGGUAAGAAGGUGCUGCAAGAGAUGUGUCAUAAGGGCAUCAGUUGGGAUGAACCACUACACCUUGAAUUGAGAUCAAGGUGGGAGAGCUGGUUGAAGGAUUUGUCUAAUCUAGAAAAGGUACAGAUACCAAUAGGUUUAACAUCUUCAAACUUCAGGAAGAUCUUGAGAACUGAGUUGCAACACCUUUUUGAUGCAAGUAGCAAAGGUUAUGGUCAGUGCUCCUAUUUCAGGCUGGUGAGUGUACCAAGGUACAUUGUGCCUUAGUCACGGGGAAAGCGAGAGUGGUCCCCACACAAGUUGUCUCCAUACCAAGAUUAGAGUUAACAGCAGCAGUGAUUUAACUAAAAGUUAAAUUGCCUUAUCACUUUAUUCAAAUUCAGGUGUAUUGAUAUCAGGUAGGCAUUGGUAUUUUUGUCACAUGUUGAUUUGUACUGCAUUUAAUAUUAAAACAAUGUGAUAUGGUGAACAAUUUGUUCAUUUUAACUGAAGAAUGUGUAAUAAUGAAUUGUGGGGAUAGAAUCAUGUUAGUUGUUUUCAUGUAUUGUGUUGAUGCCUGGAAAUUUCCAUUGAUUAUUCAAAUUGUUGCAUUUUUUUUUUUUUUGAAUAGAUCAAGGGUAAUUUGGUGGGAGUGUAGCUGACACUGAUAGGUCAUUUAUGGGUUGUGUAUGAGGUAUUUGUAAUAUCAGGGUUUUGCAUUUUUAAGACUUUACAAUUUAAAUAUAAUAUUGUGUAUGUGUGUCAAUUGCAUGAAUUCUGAUGUGCUUAUUUUGUGGUACUGCUAAGUUUUAUUAAAUUGAAGGUCAUGUGACCUUCCUGAUUAGAUUUAACCUGGAAGUGCUGCAAAUUGAAUGAUGAGAUUUGAACUUAGAUACACCUGUUAGAGCUCUUCACCAUUCUACUGCUGGUAACCAGGCCAACACGUUUUCACGGUGUUCCAUAUCUAUAAAUAAAACAAAUGGACAUCAGUAUUUUGGAAACAUGGACUGUUUAAUGACCAGCGAGUAGUUACAGUGUAGACGACCGCAUGGAAGAAUUUAGUACGCAGUUGCAACAGCACAGCUCCAUGCUAGCUUCUAUUGCUAAAUCGGUGCAGUUCAACGCAGAAGAGCUAAAAGAGUGUAAAACGAAAAUAAAACACCUGGAAAAGAAAGUGGAGACACUGACUAAAGAAAAUGAAGACAUGAGGGGUCGGGUAUUGAACAAUGACAGAUACAAAAGACGGUGGUGCCUGCGCAUCAAAGGGAAAAAAGAAACGGCCAAUGAAAACAUAAGAGCGGAGGUGGUGGAGCUUCUUCGUAGGAUUGCACCGGACCUGGCGGUAAAGAUGGAUGAAGCGGUCGACGUUGUCCACAGAGUGGGAAGAUUGAUUGACAACCGGCAACGACAAAUAAUCAUUUUAUUUGUGAGACGAGCAGUGAGAGAUGACAUAUGGAGGCGAACAAAAACUUCUCCAAUCUGCAAAGAAGAGGGGAUUUGCUUUACUGAAGAUCUGACUCAAGAGGAUUGGCGUUCCAGACAGGCUCUCUGGCCCAAAAUCGACCAGGCUAGAAAGGAAGGAAAGGCUGCAGGCUUCAGGGGCCCGUUUGGAUUCAUCGAAGGCAAGCGUAUUAUGGAGGACACUUAAGUUAGGGGCUGAGACUAAAGCUUAAAUGAAUACGUAGUGGACAGAUCAGGUGAUGGGACUUCUACCUCAACGUUUUUACUCCACCUCCCUACAUUUUUUUUUUCCUUCACAAAAAGUUCAUUUGUUCAUGUGUUCUGUAUUUCAGUUAAAUACUGACUUUUCUUUUAUUUUCUUUAAUACAAGGGGACUUAAAGACUCCGUUAAGCGAAAAGCUAUCUUUUUGUUUUGCAAAGGGCAACAAGCACAUUGCACCUUUCUUCAAGAGACUCACUCUGAUAUAUCUGAUGUUAAGUUUUGGUCACAACAAUGGGGAGAUAAAAUUCUCUUCAGUCAUGGGACAAAUCGGUCGGCUGGAGUUGCCAUAUGUUUCAACAGAUGCCCUGUUAAGAUUCUGGGUGAAAAAGCAGACAAGGAGGGACAUUGGGUAACCUGUGUUUUGGAAAUUGAUACUAAUCUCGUUAUUCUAAUUAACAUAUAUGGUUAUAACAACGAUAAGAAAAAUAAAAAUUUGUUACAUCAGAUAUCAGAAGUAAUCAUAGAACUAAAAGCCAAAUUCCCCACAGAUCAUAUUAUUGUUGGAGGGGAUUUCAAUUUAGCUCCUGAUGAGUGGAUGGAUAGAUGGCCUUCCAAGUUAUUGAGAGAACAUAGAAACACAAUUUUGGAAGCUUUUGCUAAUAAUAACCAAUUGAUAGACAUCUGGAGAAGUUUACAUAGUGGGGUGAAACAGUUUACCUGGCAUAAACCUAAUGGUCAAAACAAAUCACGAAUUGAUUAUUGGUUGAUAUCAAACUCAGUAUCAGAUAAUGUCACAGAAACAGAAAUUGCUAACUGUCC